GGAUGAGCAAUCCACUGAUCUACACCCUGUUUCCCCUUCUAGAACGUGGGUCGGUUCAGUUUGUUUUAAGAUCAGUUUUUUUGAUUUUUUUGAAAGAGAACCGCCCAACUGGUCGAGUUGAGUGAGUUGUUGUGAGUGAGAAGCACAGACCUCUUGAGAGACCAUACCACAGCCCGGCGAGGCGCAGUGUUCAGAAGAGUUGGUAACUCUAGUCAAGGACUGGUAGGGUUGACGAGAGGACGCGGGGCAGGCAUGGGUUGCAGCCACAGCAAGAGGAAAAGCAAAGUGAAAGAGGAAGAGAAGACGGUGAAGGAGGUCAGAGGUCAAGAUGGAGGAGGUAAAGUCCCUCUGGAGGAGCUGAACGUGGGUCUAGAAGCAGAGAAGCAGCUGGGUCAGUAUGAGUGGCAGCUGAAGAUCCUACGGGAGGUGCUGUCUGCCUCUGGGACUCAGGAGAGGGAGGAGCUACUAAAAGACCCAACCCAAGGAGAGCUCUGUGCCCUGGUCCACAACAUCAUUGAGAAGGUGGAAACAGAGACGGCUGCUGACAUGACUGUUCUCUAUGUGGAGAAGAGCCAGAGGACCGCAGAGCAGCACGCGAGACAGCUGGAAGAACGGCAGAGGAGACAGAGUGAAGACAGAAAACGGCUAACGGAGACACACCAGGCAGCAGAGAAAGUGUUGAAGGAGGAGGUAGAGGAGCUGACUACAGAGCUACACGUGUACAAUCAGUUAAAGAAGAGAGUUGACGAGUCUACCUUCAAGAAGGACCUGCAGCGGAACAUUCAGGCCCAUGGCAGUCCUGGGCCAUUCUGGGAGCAGGAGCAGGAGAGUCUGCUGUUUGUCAUUGAGAUGAAGAGUGAACGUAUUCAGGAGCAGGGAAACAAACUGCUACAGAUGCAGGUUCUGAUGGAGAAAAAUCUGUCUCUGGAAGAUCAGGUCAUAACUGUUUUACAGCAGAACGAGGACCUGACGGUUCGGAUUGACAACCAUCAAAGCCUUAUACAGCAGCUCUCCAAGGAGCACCAGGACCUCCAAGGGACGUUAGACAGGCAGACAGGUCUCUGUCAGAGGCUCACCCAGGAGAAAGAGCAACUCAUGUUUAAACUGAAGCACAGAGACUCCUGUCCUACGUUCCCAUCCUUCCCCAUAGUGUCUGAGAUCUCCCCCAGCUGAUCCACCCAGACCGAACAGGACAAUCGGUUACUUCUGUCUUAAUCCUGUCUAGGGUUGCAAGCAUGGAUCCGUUAACCUUCCCAAAAUUCUAAAAUUAUUUUUUUCAGUAAUCCCUGAUUGGAGGAUUCCAAGAAUCCCUGAUUGGAGGAUUCCAAGAAUCAGGAAGUAAUAUACACGGAGGGAUUUCUCCAACCUGAAAUUUUUCAAAUGAAAUUUCUGAAAAAUCUGGGGAUUGUGGGAACGUUUCGGGGCUUUUGCAACCCUACUGUAAUCCUACUUUGACAACCAAAGUCCAGGUACCUUUACAAAGGGCUAUAGUCACAUGUUUGUUGGAACCUGAUGCCAAAAAAUUUUGAUUUUUGUUUUUUCUCCGGUUUUAUACCUGCUGUGCCGUAGAGUACAUAAUGUUUCUGUAGCAGUAUGGUAUUCAUACAACAGGACUGUUUUUUUUUGUGUGGGGGUGGGGGGGGCAUUGGGCACAGCCAUGCACUGUUGGACUUAACUGACACCCUGCUGUUCAACUGAGAUUCUCAUAGUUGUGUUACUGUUCAACUGAUAUUAUAGGUGAAUGUGACAGUGUUCACUUUGAUGGUUUGAAUUGCAGUUGGAGAGGCAGAUGUUCAAUCAUGUAGUACGUAGCUAGUAGCUACAUCUUUAUCUACCUUCUUCCUGAGACACUAUUACGACGUCUGUCAAAGUUUUACGUCACUGAAUAUGGAGUAAAUGUUACAGGAUAUAAUGCAGUAUAUACAAUUUAAACAGUAACUUUAGACAACAGCUUUUGUAUUAGGGGUAUGUUUGACUUUUUUGUUUCAUACAAUAUGGGAAAUGGAUUGCCAUGGUUUUAUUUUUGCAGAUGAGGACAUUUUUGUGAUUUUUUUUUUUUAAAGUUACAAAGAACCAAAAGCACUUCUCAGUGUUUUUAAUUUGUAUUUCUUCUGAUGCACUAGCACUUUUAAUCAGUAUUCUACUAGUACUAAAUGUGAGAAAGGUUGCUGUAAAAAAAUAUUUUUUUUACUCUUGUUUACUCCUGUGUUUUACAUUUUGUUUGUUUACAUUGACAUUUGAAUAAUUUAGCCAACGCUCUUAUCCACAAAGGCAGCGGAUAGAUCUAGGAGGAGAGAGAGAGCUUGAGUUACAAUAAACAUCUGCAUCUGAACCACUGUA